AAACCCUAAACCCUAGGGAAUGGAGAGCGGCGAUUACGACGUUGAGACGAAAAGAGAGAAGCUUAAAUCGGUUCUCUCUCAUCUCCUUGCCGAUCCGAUUCUCGCCGACGUUCCGAGGAAUCCAACACUUUCUGAUGUCGUCACUCUUGUCAGUCUUGAAAAGGGAAGCGCUAUGCGUCUCUCCGUCGUCAAGCUCGACGGCUCCUCCCUUGAUGUGGCGGUCAUGAAUUCAGCUACUUUGAAAGAUCUGAAGCUUUUGAUCAAGAAGAAAGUUAACGAAAUGGAACAAGCAAACAUGGGUCAUCGCCACAUCUCUUGGAAACAUGUAUGGUCAAACUUCUGUCUUUCGUGUAAUAAUGAGAAGUUGCUUGACGAUAAUUCUCUUCUUCAAGAUGUCGGAAUCCGGAACAAUUCUCAGGUGACCUUCAUGCCAUAUGUGAUGAAGAAGGGUCGAGGAAGACACUCAAAGAGGAAGAAGCAUCGUCUCUUUCGUUCACUCCACAAGACUUCUUCUUGAAGCCUUUUGUAUGUUGGUAACCAAUACCAGUGAGUCUCUUAGCUUUACUUACAUGUUAGAUAGCAUUGGUAGGUUUGAUUCCAGGAUUUUCGAUCAGACAUAGUCAGGUCAUUCAAAAGUUGAGCUACGAAUUAAGAGAUGAAAUCAUUAGAUACUUUUCAAGAAAGACUAGGUUUUUUC